AUGGAGAAAAAGGGAAGUUCUACUCUUAAUUUAAAAUCCUACAAACCUCCUCUUCAUUUUCCUAAAAUAUUUCUUAAGGCUAACUUGGAUAAGCAAUUUGCUAAAUUUCUAGAGGUGUUUCAAAAGUUGCAUAUUAACAUUCUUCUUCUUGAUGCUAUUUCUCAGAUGCCAAGUUAUGCCAAAUUUUUGAAGGAAAUAAUUUCAAACAAAAGAAAGUUGGAGGAGUUUGAGAUGGUAAAACUUAAUGAGGAAUACUCAACAAUCCUACAAAAUAAAUUACCUCCAAAACUCAAGGAUCCAAGGAGCUUCUCUAUUCCGUGCACCAUUGGCGAAAUUAAUUUUGAUAAGGCUUUAUGUGAUUUUGGUGCAAGCAUUAAUUUGAUGCAUUUUUCUGUCUUCAGGAAGCUUGGGUUGAAGGAGCCAACACCUACCACUGUUUCUCUACAAUUGACUGACAGAAGUAUCAAAUAUCCAAGGGGAGUAGUGGAAGAUGUUUUGGUAAAAGUAGAUAAAUUUAUUUUUCUUGUUGACUUCAUCGUUUUGGACAUGGAAGAAGAUUAUGAUAUGCCCCUAAUUUUAGGGAGACCUUUUCUUGCCACAGAAAGAGCUUUAAUUGAUGUCCAACAAGGAAAACUUAGCCUUAGGAUUAAUGAUGAGGAAGUUAUUUUUAAUGUGUUUAAGGCUAUGAAACAUUCUAAUAAUGAAAAAGAAGUCUUAAUGAAAUAUUGUAUUGAUGAUUUGGUAGAAAUAAAAUUUCAUGCAUUUAGGUUAGAUGAUCCUAUAGAAAAUUGCAUUGCUAACUCUUUUAAUGUGAAGGAACAAAUUUUAGAUGAGAGGCAUAAGGAGGCUAUAGGCUAUUUGGGAGAAAAGCAAAGAGGAUGCGUGAGAAAAAGAGAAAAAUUUUUGCCUUUGGAUAUUUCUUCCUCUUCUUCAAAAGCCAAGCCAUCAAUCGAGAAGCCUCCUACUCUUGAACUUAAACCUCUUCCUUCGCAUUUAAAAUAUGUUUAUUUAGGGAAUUCAUCUACCUUACUUGUGAUUAUUUCUUCUUACUUGACAGGUCUUGAAGAAGAAAAGUUGAUAAGGGUGCUUAGGGAACACAAAGGGGUAAUUGGAUGGAGCAUUGGUGACAUUCAAGGAAUAAGUCCAUCAGUUUGCAUGCACAAAAUCAUGAUGGAAGAAGGAUUCAAGCCUAUGGUGCAGCCCCAAAGGAGGUUAAAUCCUAAUAUGAAAUAG